GCAUUAUCAAAAUGGGAGAGGGCGUUGUCAGUUUUCAAAAUGGCGUCAGCUCGCGCCGCAGAAGACUUCUCAAAUUUCUCAUCAACGUUCUCUGUGUCGUUUUUCUUUCGAAAUUAGUCGGGAAACCUCGAAGCUGUUCAACUUGGGAGUGAGCGCAGCUCAUUUAUAUUGAAAACUGCCGUAUCUCGAUACGACCUAACGCCGAAAAAACCAAAACAAAGCAAAACAAACCAAGGCAACAACAUUGUGCGAGUAGUUACACAAGCCUCCGAUCUCUCCACCAACCCACACAAUCGUGAACGGGGAAUCACUCCGGCGCAGAAAGACAGAAAGACAAAGGGUGACAACCGCGAGACGCUUCGGUGUCGGUUUUUGUCUAGACAUGAGUCAGAAACGCUUCGUACGGGCCAGAAAAAGAAUGUGCUGCACGACAACGGAGCCAGUGUCCAAGCGGGACUGCAGGGCCACCGCUCAAGACGCCGCGCUGCUGCUUACACUACACGUCGAGAUCGGCAGGAACCGUCGCUUCCCCGACGUCUGCAACGAGACCAAGUCGGCACUCCAGUUGCUUCGAUCCAUUUUCCCAACGGACAAAUUUUCGCCCGGAUUUCCGCCCAUCGUGAUGAAGCACCAACUCUACGCCAUGGUCCAGACCAGAUCGGAUGUCGAGAAGGCCUUGGACAUGAUGAUGGAACAAGGAAUGGUACGCACAUUCUGCCUGGCUCCCCACGAGGCUGAGCUGGCCAUUGUCUUCACGGAGGACUACGUGAGCUACGUCAGACAGCGCGUCAGCCACAGCCUUCUUAUUGAAAGCUUCGUCGACAAAGUGGUGACGCCGCUCUGGGACCUGAGCUACAGCCACGCGUUCCUGACCCGGCAGCUGGAGUUUCAAGAGGCAGACAUCAGCGAACUGGUCCGUGCGGGCCUCUUGACACCCCGCAACGAGCCCAGUCGGUGGUGGAUCGGCGUCCCAGGGUCCACAGGGUUUGCCAGGACCCUGAUUCGCGGACGGACAGCCCUCCUCCAGAUGCUCAGGCGGUCCAAACACCACGAGCUUCCACGCACGGAGGUGGAGAGCUCCCGGCUUCCUCGCAGCACCAAACUGGGCACGGCCUACUACGUCUACGACGCCAUCGGAAGCGGCCUGGUCGCCUGCGUCAAGACUACCUCCGGGGACAUCCUUAGGCUCAGGGAGUGAGACUGUAGUCUUGGGAACGGUCCUCGGAGACUCGUUCGACCCUCGGAAGUGUCUUCGCGUCGGGGUCUGCCUACCAACGGAGACGUCCUCGGGCCAAGACAGUGAGAAUUGUCUUCGAAGACUCAUUUAAUUUUAGGGAGCCGACGUGGAAAGGCUUCUACCCGCUUCUUGAGACACCUCGAGCCGAGGCGACAAGAUCAAUCGGCAGAACGGUUCUUGAGGACUUGUACAACUCAAGAGCCGAUGGGGGAAGGAGUUCUACCUGCUCCUGGAGGUGUCUCGGGCCGAGAUGGUGAAUGGUUCUUGAAGACUUGUUUAACCUUGGAGAACUGGCAUGGAGGGAGUCCUAACCAUUUUUGGAGAUGGCAUUGGGCCUAAACAGCAACGUUAUUCGUCUGGAUGGUUUGCAAAGAUGUCCUCGACUCGGGAAAGCUUGUGUGCAAGAAGCAUUAUCACGUGUCCUGAAACGAACCUGGUCGGACAGUGGCCGCUGAUCUACGUAAUGGUCCUCGGAAGGCUUCCCCAACUUUGGGGGGGGAGGGGGGUCCACGUGGAAGACAGUCUAUCCUCUUCUGGCAAAACUGGAUCUGAUACGUGGAAUGGUCCCUGUGGAGCUCGGUGAACACGCUCUCUUCGGGACGGUGUACCUGGUCUACACGUUAAGUCUUGAGGAUACCUUCAACUCUGGAGGGUCGGAAAGAAGAUAUUCCACUCCAGGAUACCACCUUGCAAGUUCGGGAACAAGCAAUGUGCUUGGGAGAUCUCCCAAGGCCAUGGGCUUACAUGGUGCCCCCAUGUAAGCUCUGCGGAAGUGUGACAAACCUUGGCUUCUUUACGUGUUUCACGUGAAACGGGGCUGGUUUUGGGUUCUCGGUCCACAUCAAAGAGUCAGCAAAGUGCCAUCGUGUUGGCUGUAUUCCUAGCAAGCGAGUUGAAACGGCAGACGCUCGAGGACUCUGCCUUGAGUAAUGUACAACAUCUAAGGUUGCACUGAAGCUUGGGAGCGAGCUGCUGUUGCCCUCAAGCUCGAGCAACAAGUUAGGCACUUGCCUAACCCUAGUGAGAAAUGAUCUAGAGACUGCUUCAAAGUUUUGGGGAGCAUGUUGGAGAGAAGAUAUAUAUAUAUUUUGGGGGAGUGACAGAAACAUCUCCUGGUCUAGGGAACAACCUUGAGGUGUCUUACUGGAAUAUAGUAGUAUAUGUGUGUGUGUGUGUGUAUGGCAUAUCCAAGUGGCAGCAGUAAUAGCAUAUUUAUGCUCCGAUACUCUGUAGAAAGGUGUUUGGGCAUUGUUUUUCAGCCCUCAAUUAUCGGGAAGCACAUGUGGGCUUCCUAAACGAGCCACCUACGACUUCUUUAGCCUGGAAGUUAUUCUGACGUGCUUUUACGACUUGAAGGGCUUAAAUAUGCGAGGGUAUCUGCAGUGGAUUUCACAGAACAUAGAAGAACUGGAGCAUUUGGAACUGGCUUGGGCUAGCAGUGGAUGUCCGAACAGCCCCGUCAUUGGCGGGCUUGUUGCACUGGAGUGAAUGCGACGACAAGUAGAGGAGUUAUUUUCGCACAAAAUAGGUAUGUAAAGCUACUAGACUGCUUUCAGGCAUGAAAGAUACUAAAUUGACCACAAGGCAUUGGGGAGAUGCAGUAAUGUCCAUGGCUUUAGGAAGCGUUUGCAGGAUUGGGACGACCUAACUCGCGCGAGAAGCUACAAAAAGAUUUUGUUUUUUUGUGUGUGCAGUGUGUAUAGCAGACCCUAGUUAGCCUUUGUGUAAUAUAAAAAAAAAAAAAAAAAAAAGAAACCAUGGUUACCUCCACCUAGCGAACUUUGCUGAGUCACUCUACGCAAGCUUCGACUGGGAGACGAGACUGAUCGGUACGGCGAGUCUCCGUAGGUUAUUUUUGUUGUUGUUGUUUUGUUUCUUCGCAUAUUAUUUGGACAAAACGCUCGUCGGAAUACCGCGCAUGCUUAUCCCCCGGCGUGGUACGUCGAAUUUCGUGGCAUGCCGCUACGGCCCCUGAACAGAACUGCUGUAAAUAUGAUGUGACAAAGCUGUAAAUAAACUCUAUACUGAUAACACA